AUUUUUCUUUGUAUGAAAUAACUAGUUUAUUUUUAUUUUUUUACAUAUAUCUCCUUUACAAACCUCCAUCCCUUUAUAUAAAUAAAAUAUGGCACUCGUUGCUAUGCUUAAUUCGCAGGAAAACCUGAACAGAAUAUUUAGUGAAUUAAAGUCUAAACACGAAGAUAGACGUAUUAAAGCUGCGGAAGAACUACGUGAAACAGCAGCAACAGCAUCAAGAGAAUUAUCAGAAGAGAACCUGACUCGCUUCACCAAUGACAUUAACAAGCGUUUCUUUGAAUGGACACACGGUAAUGACAACAAUGAGAAAUUAGGUGCCAUUAUUGGUAUAGAUCGCUUAAUCGGUUUGGAACCUGAGAGCAAUGCCAAUCGUUUUCAUAACUAUCUACAGCACAUGUUACCGCAUCAUGACCAGCAAAUCAUGGUCCCCGCUGCAAAGGCUUUAGGUCGCCUGGCCGUGAGUUCUACCACCUUGACAGCAGAUUUAGUUGAUACACAAGUCGAGCAUGCGCUCGAAUGGCUCCAAGGGGACCGUAGUCGUUUAGCAGCCGUACUAGUCCUGAGAGAACUGGCCGUGAAUGCGCCUACCUUGAUUUACGCUUAUGUGCCUCGUAUUCUGGACCUUAUUUGGGUCGCCCUCAGAGAUUCGAGAAAUGUGAUUCGUGAAUAUGCUGCCGAUUGUCUUUCUCAGUGUCUCGAAAUCGUACAACAGCGUGAAACGCCAAUGCGAAAGACUUGGUAUGCUCGCAUCUGGGAAGAAGUCAAUCGGGGAUUACGUAUGAAUAGUGCAGAGGCUACACAUGGUAGUUUAUUAGCCAUGAGAGAAUUAUUAUUGCACGCCGGCAUGUUUAUGACAGACAUGUACAAGGAAGUGUGUGAUAUUACACUUCGUCUCAAAGAUUCCCGUGAUGUCUUGAUUAGAAAAACUGUAGUGUCCAUCAUUCCUACUUUAGCCCUGUAUGAUCCCGCUACUUUCUCUGAGCUCUACCUGCAUAAAUCAAUGAGUCAUCUACUGAAUUUACUUCGAAAGAACAGCGAAAAGCGUGAUGCCUUUAUUGCUAUCGGUCAAGUGGCUAUUCAAGUCAAGAGCAACAUGAGCCCAUAUUUGGAUGCCACCUUAACUUGCAUUAAAGAAGCACUCUCAGUCAAAGGACGUCAACGAAAAGAAGUUGAAACGGCUACUUUUAGUUGUAUCAGUAUGUUAGCUACAGCAGUAGGACAAGCCUUGACCAAAUACCUUCAUGAUCUAUUGGAAUUAAUGUUUAACGGAGGUCUUUCUGAACCUUUGGUGGCGGCAUUGAGUAACAUUGCCGAUCGCAUAAAACCACUAUCGCCUGUCAUCCAAGAACGUUUAUUGAAUGUGAUAUCUAUCACAUUAAGUGGCCAACCCUAUAAACAACCAGGAGCCCCCACCAACCGUACAAUCAUACAAUCUGUCGAACGACCUCUUCGUGAAGGAGGAGUUGGCGAAAAGGAUGAUGAGACUAUUGUAUUGGCACUCACCACACUUGGAUCUUUUGAUUUUUCCAACCAUGUGCUGAAUGAAUUUGUACGUGAUUGUAUUGUCAAUUAUUUAGAUGAUGAUCUUCCCGAAAUUCGAAAAUCCGCUGCCGUCACCUGUUGUCAGUUAUUUGUGCGGGAUCCCAUUUGCAAUCAGACUAGUGCACACGCUAUCAAGGUGGUAGGUGAAGUGUUGGAAAAACUUCUGACAGUAGGUAUUGCAGAUCCAGAUCCUGUCAUCCGAGAGACUGUGUUGUCUUCUUUGGAUGUCCGCUUUGAUCGACAUUUGGCUCAAGCAGACAACGUCAGAUCACUGUUUAUUGCUCUUAAUGAUGAAGUUUUUGCUAUUCGAGAAAUCUCAAUCACCUUGAUCGGAAGAUUAACCACCUUUAACCCGGCAUACGUCAUGCCAUCUCUCCGGAAAACUCUAAUUCAACUUUUGACAGAAUUGGAAUAUUCCGUUGUGAGUAGACAAAAGGAAGAGGCCGCAAGACUCGUGGCAUUAUUGGUCAGAGCCGCUCAAAGACUGACAAAGCCGUAUAUAGAACCUGUUCUUAAAGUUCUGUUGCCAAAGGCAAGAGAUCCUUCCACAGGUGUUGUCUCUGCUGUUUUAGGUGCUCUAGGCGAACUAGCUGCCGUCAGUGGUGAAGAUAUGGCCCCACAUCUUGAUGAAUUAAUGCCCCUGAUUAUGGAAACCUUACAAGAUCAAAGUUCAAGCGCUAAACGAGAUGCUGCCUUAAAAACAUUAGGCCAAUUGGCAAGCAAUACAGGCUUCGUUAUCGAGCCUUACACCAAAUACCCUGCACUUCUCAAUAUCUUGAUUAAUAUUAUGAAGACUGAACAAAAUCCUACCAUCAGAAGAGAGACCGUCAAGCUCAUGGGUAUAUUAGGUGCAUUGGAUCCUUAUAAACAUAAGAUGAAUGCUAUCGGUAAUUCGAGUGAAGAAUUAGCAGAUCCUAAACUUGCCAGUAAUGAUGUAACGUUAUUGAUGAUGGGUAUCGGACCCUCCUCAGAGGAUUAUUACCCACAAGUGGUGAUGCACUCACUCAUGAAGAUCUUGAGAGAUCCGUCACUUAGUACACAUCAUUACGCAGUGAUUGAUGCCAUCAUGUUUAUCUUUAAAACGUUAGGCUUAAAAGUCGUUCAAUUCUUACCUUUGGUGAUCCCCGGCUUUUUGUCGUUGAUGCGAUCUUCUACUUCGGGUAUGCUUGAACUGUAUUUUCACAAGCUAGGAGAUUUAGUUUCGAUUGUGGAGCAGCAUAUUCGUAACUACUUGAAAGAUAUUUUUGACUUGAUUGAUGAUUACUGGACUCCCGUUUCAUCCAUCCAGAUUACCAUCAUUUCUUUGAUUGAGGCCAUUGCCAAAGCAUUAGAUGGAGAACUUAAGGUGUAUUUACCCCGUUUAUUACCUCAUAUGCUCCAAAUCUUUGAUAGCGAUGUAUCCGAACGAAGACAACCCACAAUCAAGGUCUUGCACGCAUUUGUUGUGUUUGGCGCUAACAUCGAAGAAUAUAUGCAUUUAGUCAUACCCGCUGUGGUCAAAUUCUUUGAAAAACCAGAUGCACCUGUAUCUGUUCGUCGACAGGCGAUUUUGACCAUUACAGCACUAUGUAAAAAAGUUAACAUGUUUGAUUACGCCUCUCGUAUUAUACACCCCUUAGCCCGUGUCCUGCCUGUCUUGCCCAUCGAAGCCAGAAAAGCUGCUAUGGAUUUGUUAUGUGCUCUUGUGUUUCAACUCGGAACAGAUUAUACCAAGUUUAUUCCUGUCAUCAACAAGGUCUUAACAAGACAUCGUAUCACACACACAAAUUAUGAAUUGCUUGUGGGAAAGUUGCUAAAGGGAGAAAAUUUACCUCAGGAAUUAGGAAAGGCGUUUGAUGAUCGUGAUGCCAAAGGAGAUGAAACACCUUCGGCCGACCAAAGUAUAGCAAAAAAGCAACCUGUUAAUCAGCAGCAACUGAAAAAGGCUUGGGAAGCUUCGCAACGAUCCACAAAAGAGGAUUGGAUGGAAUGGAUUCGUCGAUUCAGUGUUGAAUUAUUAAAGCAAUCCCCCUCGCAUGCACUUCGUGCUUGUGUUUUUUUGGCAUCGAAAUAUACACCACUAGCAAGAGAACUGUUCAAUGCGGCAUUUGUCUCUUGUUGGAACGAACUAUACGAUCAGUAUGUCGAUGAACUUGUCAAAUCGUUAGAAGUGGCAUUAAAAGCACCGAAUAUCCCACCCGAGAUCAUUCAGGUCCUUUUACAUCUUGCUGAAUUCAUGGAGCACGAUAACAAGAUGUUACCAAUUGAUAUCCGUACAUUAGCCGUAUAUGCUCAAAAAUGUCAUGCAUAUGCCAAAGCACUGCAUUAUAAAGAGACCGAAUUUCAUAUCGAACAAUCCUUUGAGGCUGUUGAGAUGCUCAUGUCCAUCAACAAUUUGCUUCAACAACCUGAUGCUGCCAUGGGUAUCUUGACAUUUGCCCAAGACUCUUUGGGUUUAGAGCGUAAAGUGUCCUGGUUUGAAAAAUUGCAUAGAUACCAAGACGCCCUUGAUGCUUAUGAAGCGCAACAGCUGGAGAAUCCAAACUCGAUGGAAAUCACACUGGGUCGUAUGCGUUGUUUACAUGCACUGGGUGAAUGGGAUCAAUUAUCUGCGCUGGCGCAAGAAAAGUGGAUCCAUGCACCUACGGAUAACCGUAAAAGUAUGGCGCCCUUUGCUGCUGCCGCGGCUUGGGGUUUGGGUCAAUGGGAACAAAUGGAGGAAUAUAUCGCCCUGUUGAAGCCUGAAAGUCCCGAUCGAACCUUUUUCCGGGCCAUCCUGGGCAUGCAUCGAAACAGAUAUGCCGAAACUGAAAAGUUCAUCAACAAGACGCGUGAUUUGCUUGAUACAGAAUUGACUGCCCUUUUGGGCGAAAGUUAUAAUCGAGCUUAUACCACGGUAGUCCGUGUUCAGAUGCUGGCUGAGUUGGAAGAAAUGAUCAUUUACAAACAGUCAGCUAAUGAUAUGGAACGACAGAGCGCUAUCCGCCGAACUUGGGUCAAACGUUUAGAAGGCUGUGAACGUAAUGUAGAAGUUUGGCAACGCAUUCUUCGUGUCAGAACCAUGGUCAUUUCUCCUCAAGAAGAUAUGGAAAUGUGGAUCAAGUUCGCUAAUCUAUGUCGAAAGAGUGGCCGUUUCUCUUUAUCCGAGAAAACCCUGAGAAGCCUGAUGGAAGCAGAUGGUGAUGGGUCUGGCACUCCUCAUCCAAAGAUUGUAUAUGCUCAAUUGAAACACAUGUGGGAUUCAGCGUCUAUUGCAACAGGCGAUAGAGCUCCUGCGAUUCGUACUAGAGCCCUCAGUAUCUUGCGUGAUUUUACAGCACAAAAGACUAAUGAUCUCGGCUUAAACCCUGAUGAAAUGGCUGUGAGCAUGCCAAUUGAUCCCAGCCGUAUUACAGAUGAUGUUGCCGAAUAUACACGUUUAUUGAGUAGAUGUUAUCUUCGUCAAGGUGAAUGGCAACGUGCUUUAUCUUAUGAACUUACAGAAGAAUCCAUUCCUGAGAUCUUGUCUUCCUUCUUAUUGGCAACCAGGUUCGAUCAAAACUGGUAUAAAGCAUGGCAUUCUUGGGCUUUGGCCAACUUUGAUAUCAUUGAUUACCAUGAACGACUUCAUCCAGAUAACCUACCCCCUCAAAUUUUCAAUCAUCACAUUGUUCCUGCUGUCCAAGGUUUCUUUAGAUCUAUCGCUUUAUCCAAAGAAAACUCGCUUCAAGAUACAUUGCGUUUAUUGACCCUGUGGUUUAAGUAUGGAUAUCAAGCAGAAGUGAGUGCUGCCAUUAAUGAAGGUUUUGGCACUAUCAGUAUUGAUGUCUGGUUACAAGUGAUCCCUCAAUUAAUUGCUCGUAUCCAUGCUCCAAAUGCUACUGUCCGUUUGUUAAUUCAUCAGCUGUUGACAGAUAUUGGUCGCGAACAUCCUCAAGCGCUUGUGUACUCAUUAACUGUCGCUUCUAAAUCUCAAAGCGUUCCCAGACGAAGAGCUACGUUUGUUAUCAUGGAUCGCAUGCGUAUGCAUAGCGAUGUACUUGUCGAGCAAGCCUUAAUGGUAAGUCAAGAACUUAUUCGUGUGGCUAUUCUCUGGCACGAAAUGUGGCAUGAAGGUUUGGAAGAGGCCUCUCGUCUCUAUUUCGGUGACCGUAAUGUCGAAGCCAUGUUUGCUACUUUAGAGCCUUUGCAUCAAAUGCUGGAUCGUGGACCUGAAACAAUGCGUGAAGAAUCGUUUGUGCAAGCAUUCGGUCGCGAUCUGCAAGAGGCGCAAGAAUGGUGCCAUCGCUAUCAGGAAACGCGUGAUCUUAAUAACUUGAACCAAGCUUGGGAGCUUUAUUACCAGGUGUUCAGACGUAUCGUUCGACAACUGCCUCAAUUGACAAGCUUGGAGCUUCAAUACAUUUCGCCUCAAUUAUUGGAAGCUCGUAAUCUGGAAUUGUGUGUACCUGGUUACUACCGUAGUGGAGAACCCAUUGUCCGUAUUGCUCACUUCAAUCCAAGCCUAAGUGUCAUUGCUUCGAAACAAAGACCCCGAAAGUUGACAAUUGUAGGUAGUGACAGUAAGGACUAUAUGUAUCUUUUGAAGGGUCAUGAAGAUCUUCGUCAGGAUGAACGAGUAAUGCAAUUGUUUGGUCUUGUCAACACUUUAUUAACUAAUGAUGCUGAGACCUUUAAACGCCAUCUCAAUAUUCAACGUUACCCUGCUGUCCCUCUUUCUCCUAAUUCUGGUUUAAUUGGUUGGGUGACUGAAACAGAUACCUUACAUACCCUAAUUCGUGAUUACAGAGAUAGUAGAAAGAUUUUGUUAAAUCUUGAGCACCGACUCAUGCUUCAGAUGGCUCCUGAUUAUGACAAUUUAACUGUCAUCCAAAAAGUUGAAGUACUACAAUAUGCCUUUGAAAAAACGAGUGGACAAGACUUGUACAAUGUUCUUUGGUUGAAGAGUCGUAACUCAGAAGCCUGGCUUGAUAGACGUACCAAUUACACCAGAUCGCUUGCUGUCAUGUCAAUGGUAGGAUAUAUCCUUGGUCUGGGCGAUCGCCAUCCCUCAAAUCUCAUGCUUCAUCGUGUGACGGGUAAGGUUGUUCAUAUCGAUUUCGGUGAUUGCUUUGAGGUGGCUAUGCAUCGUGAAAAGUUCCCUGAAAAAAUUCCAUUCCGUUUGACACGUAUGUUGGUCAAGGCCAUGGAAGUAAGUGGUAUAGAAGGAAAUUUCCGUACAACUUGUGAACAUGUGAUGCGUGUAUUACGUGAUAAUAAGGAAAGUUUAAUGGCUGUUUUGGAAGCCUUUGUAUACGAUCCUUUAAUCAAUUGGAGAUUGCUUAAUACUCAACCUCAGAGUCCCGCACAAAAUGAACGUAUGAGAGGUAUUGAAAAUAUGGCACAUGAAGAUGGCCCUGAUGAUGGACAUCGAAACUUUUCUGUUAGUAGAAGAUUGAACCGUAUCGAAGUAGAAGCUGUGGCGAAUGAAAAUCCUCAGGGACCUGAAUUACUAAACUCUCGUGCGGUUGCAGUCGUCAACCGAGUUUCAAACAAGCUGACAGGUCGUGAUUUUAACCCUCGUGUUACACUGGAUGUACCAACUCAGGUGGAGAAACUGAUCCAACAAGCUACAUCUUUGGAAAACUUGUGUCAAUGCUAUGUGGGAUGGUGUGCAUUCUGGUAAACUGAAGCAAAUAAAUCGUUGUCAAAUAGACUUUAUAUAUAUAAUAAUAAUAGUAAUAAAUACAAUUUUGAAAAAAUGAAUAAAGAACAAAUAUAAAAUA